AUGUCUUCCUCUGGCUUGGGGCUGCAGUUCCAGUUCAGCGAUAUGCAAGACCAGGACAUUCAUAUCCUUCAGGCUCAGCUUUGGCUCUAUCUUCGAGUUCCCCAAGACGUGGUAGCCAGCCUCACCCUGAGAAUCUUCCUUGCUGGUGAGGAAGGUGAUUUGGUGGGAGGCAAUCGCACAUUGCUGAGCGAGAGGCGACUGAGUGCUAAGGGCAGUGGCUGGCGUGCCUUCACCCUCACGCCUGCCAUGCAGAGGUUCUUUGGGGGAAGGCGCAGGACCCUGCGGCUAGAACUGGAAAGCCAUGGGGACAGGGGUGAUAUAACAGCAAUAGUUAAUGCCAGCUGGUCCCAUCAGCCCUUCUUGGUGGCCGAAGCAAAGGUGCAGGACCCAGGACACCAUGUGGCCAAGCGCAGCCUCCGCUGCAGUCAGAACUCCAACUUCUGCUGCCGCAAGGACUACUACGUGGAUUUCCGAGACAUCGGUUGGAACGACUGGAUCAUUAAGCCUGAGGGCUAUCAGAUAAACUACUGUGUGGGCCAAUGCCCUAUGCAUGUGGCAGGCAGCCCUGGGAUGGCCUCUUCUUUCCACACAGCUGUCUUCAACCUUGUCAAAGCUAACAACAUCCAGGCAUCGGGGCACUCUUGUUGUGUGCCCACACGACGACGCCCGCUCUCUGUCCUCUACUUUGAUCGCAAUAGCAAUAUUGUCAAGACCGACAUCCCUGACAUGAUUGUUGAUGCCUGUGGCUGUAGCUAG